CAAUCAAGUGCUUGUAGUGCAAACUUGAUUUUAAGAGGGGUAAUGUGUGUCGCGCGCUAGUGUGACAUGUCGGUGAUAAACUUUACGUUUUAUUUUACCUAAGAGUGCUUGUUAUCAACUAGUUUGAAUUUUUAAAGUUCUUUAUUUUAUAGUAAAUAUUGUUUUUUGUUAUUAUAAUAACAAAAACUUCAUACUGUGUGUUAAAAUAGAAAAUACGAUUAGUGGAAAUGCCACUGUUAUAACAAAAACCAUUUUCUAAUAAUGAAGUUUACAGCGAAUAAAACGCAUAACGGAUUUUUGACAAAUCGUCUGACCUUGGGCGCCCUGCGCAACAUUCGUGAAUCCAACCGAGCAAGAUUAUUGUUCUGUCGGGCUAGUCUCGACAUACCUAUCUACAUUCUACAGUGUGUAUGUAGAUAUUUAUUAAGUAGUAGAGUAGUUCAAAAUCUGCGAGUUUGGGGCUCGAAGAUGCCUUUAUUUGGCAAAAAAGAUUUUGGGAGGAAGUCCAAAAAAGAUGCUAAAGAUUCAGAGAAACAGCCAUCAAUCGAAGACAAGUAUGUCGUCAAAGAUCUGCUGGGUACAGGAGCGUUUUCCGAGGUACGUUUGAUAGAGAGCAAAGAAAACGGGCAGAUGUUUGCUUGUAAAAUUAUCGACAAAAAGGCUCUCAAAGGCAAAGAAGAUUCAUUAGAAAAUGAAAUUCGUGUCUUGAAAAGAUUUAGCGAACAAGCCAAAGGUGAGGGUGCCGAGAAAAAAAUGUUUUCUCAUCCGAAUAUUGUCCAGCUGCUCGAGACAUAUGAAGACAAAAAUAAAGUGUACCUGGUGAUGGAACUCGUCACGGGUGGAGAAUUGUUCGAUAGAAUCGUUGAGAAAGGGUCAUACACUGAAAAAGAUGCGUCCAAUCUAAUUAGACAGGUGUUGGAAGCAGUAGACUACAUGCACUCUCAAGGAGUGGUACACAGAGAUCUGAAACCAGAGAACUUACUGUAUUACAGUGCUGAUGAGGAUAGUAAGAUCAUGAUAAGCGAUUUUGGAUUGUCCAAGAUUGAAGACUCCGGCAUCAUGGCAACGGCAUGUGGUACACCUGGAUAUGUUGCCCCCGAGGUACUGGCACAGAAGCCUUAUGGCAAGGCUGUGGACGUGUGGAGUAUAGGAGUAAUAUCUUACAUUCUACUCUGCGGAUACCCUCCAUUCUAUGAUGAGAAUGAUGCUAACCUGUUCGCUCAGAUCUUGAAAGGAGACUUUGAAUUUGACUCCCCCUACUGGGAUGAUAUUAGUGAUUCAGCUAAAGAUUUCAUUCGGCAUUUAAUGUGUGUGGAUGUGGACAAGAGAUAUACUUGCAAACAAGCUUUGGACCAUCCUUGGAUCUCUGGAAAUGCUGCCAGUAACAAGAACAUCCAUGGCACUGUUUCUGAACAGCUCAAGAAGAACUUUGCCAAGUCCCGCUGGAAACAGGCGUACCAUGCUACUACGGUUAUCAGGCAAAUGAAGAAAAUGGCACUUAAUAGCAGCAGCAGCUCAAGUCGCAAUGCCAGCGGCUCAAGCAAACAAUAGCUGUAUUGUCUGACUGCCCACCUUCCGAUUGCCAUUGUUACACUUGCCUAGAAACAUAACUUAUAUAGUAGGUUUUUAACGAAAUGACAAAGUUCGACGCAAUCCCGUUGUUACAGCACCAUUGGGUGAACGGCUUGUUAAAUUGGUAGAUAUCACAAUUAAUUGGUAUUCAUUGUCAAAACAGUUGCUAAGAAACGCGUACGAGAUUCGCGUCAGCGCUAUUAUUAUGGUGACGCCUUUAUGCUAUACAAUUGUUCUAUAAAUCAGCGCUUCUCAAAAGCUAUAUAUUUGGAAGCAGCUUAUAAAACUAAAUUGUAGGCAUGUUACAUAAUGAUUAAAAAUCAACGAACUGUUUAUAAGACAUUAUGUCUAGUCAUUUAUCAUUUCUGCUUGCAUAAAGGUAUAUACCAUUUUUAAAUUGGGUAAAUAAUUAUUAUGGAUAAUAUGGUAAUUGUAGUGAAAAGUAAAAAUAUGGAGUUACACUAUGCUUACCUCUUCAACUCAUCGGUAUUCCUAUAAUCAUUUCAUUACAUGUGUAUCUCCUCUUUGAUGCAUAUAUUUUCUCUUCAUGUCCAGUUAAACUAACUGUGACAAUGUGUAUCUGUAAUACUAUCUCUGUUAAACAUGAAUCUUUUUUUACGAAUUUUCUGAUUUAAUUUUUACUACAUUUUGAAGCAAAUCAAUAUUAAUUAGGUAGGGUAAUAAAAUGUUCUCUUUAAAAGAUACUGACUUAAUAGUUAUUACUUAGGUAUGGUGAUACUGACAAAUCAUUUAAAAUAAGGUCUGUUGCAAAUUCAUUAGAGUUACAAGUUAUAAAGUAACGAAUAUUUACAUUAAAAUGAUAAUGGUUGGAUAUGAUAAAGUAUAUUAGGCGAUGAGAAUGUUGUACCGCUUCUUACAUCCCACUUAUAUCCAUUUGGAGUAUCUAUUUAGAUACUGGUUAACGAAAUUUGCUGUAGUGACAUCAUGUAUUGUGAUUAUUCUAUUUGACCCUUGAAGUAGUUGUUUUAAAGUUUGUUAAAUGAUCACCUAUGCUAUGCCUAGCGUAAGUUUUGUGAUUCUAAAGCUAAGUCCUAUAUAUCCACUGUCAUAUUCAAAUACCUGUUAAGUAGUGAAUUAUGAUAUCUUACCUAUACGCACUGUUGAAUUCAAUGUUGUUAUAUGAUACUCCGCGUUUAAAACGAUUAUAAAAUAGUGCUGUUUUUGCUAAUAUCAUCUCGUGACAUUACCUAGCUACAUGGUUUAUUCCAACAAUAUUUUGCGCAACUCGACUUAUUGUUUUAUCGGUAAGAGUGAAAGAUCUGUACGCAAGACUGAAAUUGUAAAGUGAUAGCUAGUUUUUUUCUGUAAAACCCUGUGUAGGUAAUAUCCGCAGCAUUUUCAAUGUUCCGUUGUUUGAGUAAAAUGUAAGGUAAAGUUAACGAGUUUUGCAUUUGAUAAAAUAUGUUGUUUCUCUGUAGCGGUAGAAUAGUGAAAAUAUUUAUUGGUAUAAACAACGUAAAAGGAGUUAUACAUUAUGAAUUACACGGAAUUUACGUAACGCAUUAUGUGCCAGCUGAAGUGCAAAUUAUGCUAUUCGCUACAUUGUUGACAGCUUAUCUAUAGAAAAGAGCGUAUCAUGUACAGAUUCGAUGAAUCUCAUUUUUUCCUUUUGAAUAUUUAUUAUUAAUGCAGCUUUUGCUAUGAAGAAAAUUAUUUAUGAAACCAGCUUCUUAUAAAAGAGCUUUGGUUGUAUGUCUUUCCCUGUCGCGUAAUAUUAACAUUCCACAGAGAAUGAUUAUAUUUGGCAAUGAAUUUAUUAACUUGACAUUCCAUUUCUGCAGUAUAAUUUUUUACAAAAAUAUUAUUUUUAAUAACUGACUUGUUUAUAUUUGAACAAACAGUGAGGGAAGAGCAUUUGUUUUUUAUUAAUUUCAUUGAUGUACUUAUCUAUAUUUUGCAUCAAUUUUGUAUAAGUACUUAGUAGAUUAUCAUCAUGCCUAUUUGCAUAUUAUUUAUUUGCAAAGCUUAUACACAAAAUUAAUCAACAUUCCAAUUAGGACUUUAUUUAGUUACUGUUUAAAUACGAAGCUACUUGUGUUCAUAAUUAUGAUUGUUUUUAAUGUCUAUUUAUAUUGGAGUGGUAUGGGCGUCGAUGCAAGCUUUUUCUAUGUCAUAUUUUAAUUUUAUAAUAUGAAGUUUAUUAUUAUAUAUCUUCCGUCCAUACCUUACACUGGGAUUUUUCUUUAAAUCGCAGCUUAUGGAAUUUGUCUGUAAAUCCGUGCCAUGGUGUUGUUGAUAUAAUGCAUAUUAUAUUAUAUGAACCAAUUUUUCAUUUCAUAUUUAUGAAAAUUGGCCUAAUGAAUCUUAUAAGUCUGAUGAUGUGCGAGUUGUGUCUAUAUUAAAUCUUCCGUUCCAUAACACUUUAGAGAUAUGUAUUUGCUUCUGAUACAAGUAUUCAACGAACGCCGUGGCGCGGGUACGUACCGAGUGUAUGGUACAAGGUAUACUUACAAUUUUAUCUCAGUAGGAGAAAGGACAGGAAGGUAUUUUAUUCAAAAAUAUUAUGUUUUGUGCAAUUGUUUUCGUUUUGUUAUAGAAAUUUAUUUGAAUCCGAAUAUUUAUUGAUCUGACUUGUUGGUAAUAAUUAGACGGCGCGCCUCCCAGAGCAAAUGGAAGCGCGUCAUUCGUUAAUGUUUUCGAUCUAUUGUCAUAAUAAAUCAUCGCUUGAUUGUUAAGCAUGCACUGCUUUAAAGUUUUUAAUAAUUGUAAGUGUAGUAAUGUUCAAUAAAUAAUUGUCUAAAUGCGCCUUAAUAUCUGUGUAAUUUUAGUAGUUCUGUCAGUGCUCCUUGUAUUUACUAUAGUUUAAGUAAUAAGAGUACUAUUAUAGGUUUCGUAAUACUUUUUAGAAACUGUUAAAUUUCAUUUAAAAUCUAACGUCCUAUACCUAAUUUAUGUAACUCCUCUGUGUAUGUUUUAUCAAAUGUUGGUAUACUAUGUAAACGUGUUCUUAAUGAGGAUUUUUGUAGUCAUGUAUUUUAUGAAUUGACAUACGGGCGUAGAUCCCAUUAUAAUCUCUUAAUAUAAUAAUAAUAAUAUUCGUUUUAACGUUUUUUAACCAUUUUGUGUCAAUGGCUACCUAUACAUGUGCCAUGUCUCUACCAAGUGUAUGCUAUUACUUAUUUAUAAAUUAUGAUCGAUUUUAUAAUUUAAUUUCCGUAUGUAAUGUUUUGUUUAACUGCGCACAAUGUUUUAUGUAAGAGAUAUUUUUAAAGCUAAUUAUUGUUUAUGUAAACUGUACCGAAACCGGUGUUGGAACACCUUAUUUGAUUUCCGUUCCUCUUUCUGCACAAACAUAACCACUAGAUGUUUGUUUACCACAUAUAACCGAAUAAUAGUAGAUACGCUAACGUGAUCUUGCCAUUGUUACACACUUAGCAGUAUACACGACAUAUGUUUGCUCUCUAGUUAUUUUCAUUAUGUUGUUAGUUGAGUUUUCACUGUGCCAAAACCAUAUCAUGAUCAGUGAUAAAUAUUAUACUUAACAUACUAUAAGAUUUCUUGUUUGUUAGACACUUUUAAAUCGAGUUUUAUCGCAAUAGAUAGCAGACUGCAGUGCUAAGCGAGAUAAAUACAAGUUCCUUGUCAUUUGAAUACUAAUUAUUUUUUUCUUUAUUCAUUAACGUAAUAUGUUUAGUCUAAGAGUAAUCUAUAACAUAUUUACUAUUUUUCGAAGGUUAUUAACUAUGUAUAUGUUUUAAAUAAACAUACACGUUUUAGUUUCUAUAUUUAUCUAAUUAAGCACAAUAGUCUAAGGGCUGGGGGGAAAUUCAACAAGUUUAUUUUAUUCGAUAGGUAUAUACAUUGUUUCUGUUCUAUCUAUUGUUUGGGUUGUGAAAUUGUUUUCUUUUUCAAAGUCUUCUUAACAGACAUUUCAUCGGGAAGUUGUAAUAACUUGUGACUAAGAUCUGAUUAAUGUUGAAAAAUCUUGUGAUUUAGAUUUUAUACUUCUUGUUUAAAACAAUCAAAAUUUAUUAGUAGAUUCUUAGAUGUUAGCUAUAUUUUCAAUGUCAUUGUAAAUAAAAUGCCAACUUGUUGA